AUGCAACACACCAACUACUCUGGUACUUUGAAGACUACUAGCAUGACCGUCGAACCUAAACUCUCCACUAUGCUCUCUGACCUCUCCUUACACUCCACCCAACAAGACGACUUCCAUCCACCUAGGUCUCCUAGCAGGCUAGACUUCUGUGGCUCCGACGAGGAGGCGGGCGUGUUCAUCGGCGACGACGACUCAGAUGGCGAGCCGCGCGUCAAGAUCCCAAAGUCGCACUGGUUCCGCGCCUUCGAUGAAAGCGACCAGGAAGAUCCACAUUUCCAGAUCAGCACCAUGAAGGCCGCCUCGCAGAGCUCUGACACCUUUAUCCUACCUGCUUCGCCUUUCGAGGAAGACGCCAGCUCCGAGGGGUCCGAGUACAGCUCCGACGAGGAGAUACCCACGUGCAUAGACAUCUCGCCGUCUUUUCCUACCGUUAAAUUCGCUGCAUGUACUCCCGAACCAAGCGAGGCCUCUGUUUCUGUAAUCGAGGAGGAGGAGGACGUGCCAGCGCCUCCUGCCCCAGCACUUAUGACGAGCGCGGAGCGUGCAGUCCACAGGCUCAACUACCCGCAUCACGGAUACUCGAGGAGCGCUCUUCUGCAUCAAAAGUGGCUUUGGCACUCUCGGCGAGAAGAAUGGAUCGCAUGGGAAAACCGCGACCGGGAUAGUAAAACUGGCGUUCGCUCCCCCAGCCCAGAACACAGCAUUGAAGGCGCAUACAGCGGCAUCACUGAACACUACGACGCCCGCGAUGAGCCUCUGCCCCGCCCCGCGUGCCCGCCGUCCGGGUGGGAACGCGAGCUCGAGGAUGUGCCGCCCGGACACGUCGGGCAGGACACCGACGCGCCCAUCUACCCGCGGAUCGGCGACCUGUCGGCGCUGCGCGAUCCGUACUGCGUCAACGUGGACCGGUGCUUCCACCACUUCCCGCUCUGGAUGAUCCACAAGACGCUUUACGUGUUCGACAUGCACCAGCGGUUCAUCGAGUGCAUUGAGCGCCGCGUUACUGCGCGUUCUUUCUCUGGCUCUUCUGCCGCGCCCCGGGUCCGAGGAUCGGUCCGUCGGAAGAGGGCGCCUACGCCUCCUCCUUCUUUAGCUCUGUCUGUUGUAACUCCGAGUGAGAUCUCGACUUCUGCGACUGCAUCUGGGUCUGCAUCUACGUCAGCGCCUGUUGUUGCUUCUUCAUCUUCCGACCCCAGCUUGACCCCGGCGUUGCCUUCGCCCUGGGAGGAGGGUCGCACGCCAGCAGACGGCAGCGACGAAUCGUUCAGCAGCCGAAUGGGAAUACUCCCUCGCCCCGACCUUUGCCCCUCUGGGUCGCUCUCUGACAAGCUGCGCUCUCAUCGCCCAUGGGAGCUCUCAUGGUACGCCCGGUGGGAGCUCCUCAUCGGGCUCGUCCAGCAUGACUCUGCCAUUCUCAACGGCGGCAUGCGGUUAUCCACGUCGUCGUCCAGCCCAUGUAGUCUGCUCGCCUCGGAAUCCCCUGGAAUCAGCCCUACAAGCUCCACGGAAACGAUCGAGGCACCAGCCGAGGUUGGCGUCCCACUGCGCCGUUUUUCGUCUGCUAGAAGCGACGAGCCUUGGGUGCUUCAGGACUCAUCUGACGACGACGAGGACGACUACGGGACGAUAGUGGCUAACCCGACGUUCGAGCGGGCGUUUGAUGAGUAUAUGCACGCUGGUUUCACUCCUGAUACUGAAUACCAAUGA